AUGUGUGGUCUGAUUAAUAAUGCAUUUGUCACCAAGAUAAAAGUGAAUAGAAAUCAUUUAAGGAAUGAUGCUUCUGUCUUGUACUCACAGUGUAGUGUAAGCCAGUGUAAAAAACAAAUACAGUCAUUAACAGGAAAGAAAAAGAAAAAGAAGAAAGAUAAAGAAAUAGAUAAUGGAAAUAAAGAAGAAAAAGAAACAUUAGACUCGGAAACUCUUGAAAUGCUUGCAAAAGCUCGUCAAAAGCUUGAAGCAAAAUCGAAGAUAUAUGAUAAGAUGAAAAGUGGUGAGAUGGAAGACUUUGAAAAUAUAUAUGGUGAAACAAAAUUUCUUGUUGAUUUCCAAAAGAAAACUUUAGAAUCUGAAGAGUCUCUUGACCAGCCUCCAACAUCGUCUAUAUAUGAAGCUGAUGAAGCGUAUCGUGAAAAAUUACAUGAAAAAUGGGAAGCAGAACAGCAGGAAUUACUUGAUGGUCCAGUGCACUAUGAAAACAUCAAAUUCGAUGAAGUAAGAGAGCUUGGUACUGCAUACUAUGCUUUCUCAAAGAAUGAGGAAGAAAGAAAAAAACAGAUGGAAGAUCUUCAAAAGAUGCGGAACAAGACAAAAGAAAUUCAAAAUAAAAAAGAACAGCUACAGUUGAAACGAAAAGCUGCUUUACAGGAAAGACUAAAUAAAGUGAAAAAGAAGAAAAUGGGACUUAGUGCUGAUGAUAGCGAAUUAGCUGCAGAUAAGAAUUUGAAUUUGAGUACUUUGCAGAAUCCUCCUGAACAAAUCACACAUUCUAAUAUUGAUCAGACAGAUGAUCAGCUACAAAAUAUUGAUGAAUUAUUAAAAGAGUGUAGAAAGGGAACAGAAAAAGAAAGAGAUUGGGAUAAGGGGAAAGAUAGAGCCUUUGUUCCACAACCUUUUGUUAGGCCUAAGAACUCAAUAUAUACACAAGAUAAAUUUAUUCGUGAAAAGAGGGAGGAGAGACCGCAGGACUUUGCACCUCCAAGUUUUUAUUAG